GGCUGGGGUUAUAUAGCCUAGUGACUCCACCUGACCAUCAUUCCUACUUAUACAGUAAACCUUGACACUCAGUCGGAACACUUUUCAGUAAAGAUGGCGAGUGAUAAACAGGGCAACAAGUCCAAGUUGAUGCAGGGGCUUGUGUUAGUGGGACUGUUUGUGCCGUGUAUUGUGGUGGUGGUGGUGGUGCAGCCCUUCCACCAGCCCGGCCUGGGGCUGGUGGCCCUCAGUGUACUCCUCUACUUCCUCGUGAUCGUCGCCUGGGUCAUUGUCAGGAGCUGUGUGGGAAGAUGCAGAGUGGAGAGUGACCUGGAACGACAGAGCGAGUCGUCAGCUGGGCCGGAGCAGGUCCCAGGAGCCCCGGAGGUGGCCAAGACUCCCAGCUACGUCCUGAGCCCAGCCCCAGCCGACCAUCUCAGCCGCCCACCUCCAUACGAAGAGUCGUCAGCUGGGCCGGAGCAGGUCCCAGGAGCCCCGGAGGUGGCCAAGACUCCCAGCUACGUCCUGAGCUCAGCCCCAGCCGACCAUCUCAGCCGCCCACCUCCAUACGAAGAGUCGUCAGCUGGGCCGGAGCAGGUCCCAGGAGCCCCGGAAGUGGCCAAGUCUCCCAGCAACGUCCUGAGCCCAGCCCCAGCCGACCAUCUCAGCCGCCCACCUCCAUACGAAACUCUCCACGCAGGGUCGUCAGCUCCUGACGGGGCGACGGUAGCCUCAGAGUCUUGUGAGAGGCAGUGUGGGGGGAGGUGUGAGAGGCAGUUAUAUAUAUUUUAUAUAAUUCUCAGUAAACAAAUUUCCCAUAUCAUCAGCGAGCAUGAGCCGUAAACCCCAGAUGUUAUACCUGAUCCUGCCUCGCAA